GCACACGUCCCCUCGUGUAAAAUCGAAGAGCCCUUCCCCCCACUGGCCACUGCCUACUCAAAACCUGAAGCGCCAAACAAGACAUUAGACAUGCCACGUCGUCUCCCAGGAGCAGUUGCUUGAUCAGGAAUCCACUACCUUCCUAAACAACCCCCAGUUUCUCCUUUUAAAACCCUAGUAUUACACACAUCAACGGUCUACAAAUCAAGCAGCCUGUCUCACGUUUCUCACUGUUUCACACACUUUCUUCUCUCCCCCUUUUACUUUUCUGCCCCCAUACUCACACACACACACACAAUAUAUAUACACACCUCUCCUCUCGGUUGUUUAACGCUACCUGUAUUUUAGCAAUCCAAGCUGCUGUUUAAUUUUCUCCUAAUUAAUUUUGAUUUUGAUUUGUAAAAAUGCAUUCGAAUCACUUGCUUCUCGAGGAGCCUAUCAGGAUGGCUUCAAUCCUCGAGCCUUCUAAAUCUAGUUUCUUUCCUGCAAUGACUAAGAUAGUUGGGACUCUGGGGCCUAAGUCACGAUCUGUGGACACUAUUUCCGGUUGUCUUAAAGCCGGCAUGUCAGUGGCUAGAUUUGAUUUUUCAUGGGGUGAGCCUGAGUACCACCAAGAGACCUUGGAAAAUUUGAAGUUGGCUGUCAAGAGUACCAAGAAGCUCUGCGCUGUUAUGUUGGACACAGUCGGACCUGAACUACAGGUGGUUAAUAAAGUUGAAAAGUCUAUUUCACUUGAGGCUGAUAAGACUGUGAUUAUGACUCCUUAUCAAGGUCAAGAAGCCUCUUCUGAAGUGCUGCCAAUUAACUUUGAUGGACUCGCUAAGGCUGUGAAGACAGGAGAUACAAUUUUUGUUGGGCACUAUCUGUUCACAGGAAGUGAAACGACUUCUGUUUGGCUAGAGGUUGACAGUGUUAAAGGUGAUGACGUGGUUUGCAAGAUAAAAAAUUCAGCUACUUUGGCCGGGUCAAUGUUCACUCUCCAUGUCUGUCAAGUUCACAUUGAAAUGCCUACCCUCUCUGAAAAAGACAAGGAGGUCAUAAGCACAUGGGGUGUUCAGAAUAAAAUUGACUUCCUCUCACUUUCAUAUACACGACAUGCAGAAGAUGUUCGCGAAGCCCGCGAAUAUCUAUCUAAACUGGGUGAAUUGAGUCAGACUCAAAUCUUUGCAAAAAUAGAGAACAUAGAAGGUUUAACUCAUUUUGAUGAGAUUCUGCAAGAGGCUGAUGGUAUCAUCCUGUCCCGUGGAAAUCUCGGUAUAGACCUUCCACCUGAGAAGGUAUUUUUGUUUCAGAAAGCUGCUGUUUAUAAGUGUAACAUGGCAGGGAAGCCAGCUGUUGUAACCCGUGUUGUUGAUAGCAUGACUGAUAAUUUAAGGCCAACUCGCGCAGAAGCAACUGAUGUUGCUAAUGCUGUAUUAGAUGGAAGUGAUGCAAUUCUUCUUGGUGCUGAAACCCUGCGUGGGUUGUAUCCUGUUGAGACAAUCUCUAUCGUUGGAAAAAUUUGUGCUGAGGCAGAGAAGGUCUUCAAUCAAGACAUGUAUUUCAAGAAGACUGUCAAAUAUGUUGGAGAACCAAUGACACAUUUGGAAUCUAUUGCUUCAUCAGCGGUUCGGGCAGCCAUUAAGGUGAAGGCAUCCGUUAUCAUUUGUUUUACAUCAUCAGGCAGGGCUGCAAGGUUAAUUGCAAAAUAUCGUCCAACAAUGCCCGUUUUGUCGGUUGUUAUCCCAAGGCUCAAGACAAAUCAAUUGCGCUGGAGUUUUAGCGGUGCAUUUGAGGCAAGGCAAUCACUUAUCGUAAGAGGACUUUUUCCUAUGCUUGCCGAUCCCCGUCAUCCUGCUGAAUCAACUGGUGCAACAAACGAGUCUGUACUGAAGGUCGCACUUGAUCAUGGAAAGUCUGCAGGAGUCAUAAAGUCACAUGAUAGGGUCGUGAUCUGCCAAAAGGUGGGUGAUGCAUCCGUGGUCAAGAUUAUCGAGCUUGAAGACUAGCAUUCUUGUACCCUGCUUUAUAAUACCAUACCAUCCCUAUCAAUUUUGAAAAUGUGAAUUUUUGGUCUAUAAGAGAGGUGGUUUAAGAACUUGGCUAUUGUCAUUACCUUCAUAUAGUUUGAAAAUACGUGGGAAGCUUUUCCUCGCAAUGAUUUUAUUUUAAUUUUUGCUUGGUUUAACCAAGGCGACAAUGUUUCCCAUAUGAUGUGGGAGUUUUUGUAAUCUGGUCAAGGCUUUUGGGUCUUCAGGAUACUAAUGCAAUGAAUAUGAUACAAAAUUCUGAAAAUGAUAUAUAUAUUAUUUGAUAUC